UGUGGUACUACCUGCCCUCUGUCACUUGCGUCGUGUAAUGGCAGUCUCUGAUGAGGACCCUGCAUAUGUGGUGAGAUUUAAGGCAACAUUCAAGGAAGAUCUAGCCUCCCGCCAAGAACACACCAACAAUGCAUGGCUCAAGAUUGCGACGGCACUUGUGGAGAAUUAAAGUAAAGAGUUAUGCAGAAAAGUUAAUACAGCGUAUUUUUGGUAUAUUCAUUUUAAUGACACCUGAUAUAGGAGGUGUGUUGCAUCAUGUUAUCACUAAUAUAUGUGUGGUUUUAUACAUUCCUGUGUUAAUAGUUGAAGGAACAAAGUACAUUUUUCCUCUUAAAUAUAGAGGUUUUUUAUAUAUUCCUGAAACAAUGUUCCCUUUUUCUUAAAAGUAGAUUAGCGCAAUAGUCUUUUUCUUCCACUUUUACAUAUAAUCAAAAGGGUGGUUUUUUGGCUAUUUGUGAGUAGGUAAGGUGCAGUAUAACUUGUGAGUUCUGUUUUGAGUGAAAAGAUUACCCGUUAAGUGUUUUUUAGAAAGUCUUGUUGCAGUUAGAGGCCAUGAGGUUCUUGUUUAAUCAUCAAUGGUCUUUGCAAAUUAACAAGGGAACUGCAAGGAACAUUUCCCCCAGAUAUAAGGCCAUUAAAUUAUUUUUAAGUUAAUAAUGCACAUCCUGCAGGCCUGGAGAAUUGAGUCACACAGUUAACAAGACAAUAGUCGGUCUGAAUUGUCAAUGAAUGCAUUCAUUCCAGUAAAAGCAGACUUCGAGGUGAAAGGAAGUUCACAGAAGCCCUUAAGCUACAAGAACAAUUAACUUCUGUUAAUGAUAAGGAGUGUGUGUCUAUUGGAGCAGCUAUAUGUGAAUUCUGCUCAAACAAUACCUGUGUUUGUGUUUUAUAUUGAUUUCUCUGUUUUAUUCUUUCAUGUGUGGGUACUAAAUUGCUACAACAUUAUGGAGUGGUUGGCUUAAACAUUUUUAAUUACUCUGUAUGAAAUAGAAGCAGCUUUUUCAUGACAGAAGACUAGAGAGGUAUGGAAACAUUCUUCUUAAAAUCUCCACCAUGUCAGGGAAGUCUACAUAUCUUGAAUAGUAGACGUGUGUGUUUAAUUACUUUGUAUUAAUAAUAGCAGUCUGUGUAACCAGGAGCUGGGAAUAUGAGAAAUUAGACCUUUGUAUAUAUCUUUGUGAGCAAGGGAAUAUUCUUUAGACACAACUGCAGUUUCUGGAAUGCUGCAGGAUGGGCUCUGUGGGAGGAGAAUCUCACCCGACUCCUCCUCGUGGUACCUCUAUACCUCCUGUUUGUGUUUGUGUGUUCGCUCUCUCUUCUCCUGCUGUCAAGACCGGAAUCUGAACAGCACGAGAACCAGGGCAGGAGUACUCCUUGUAUUGUAUGCAGCCCACCAAACGACACGCGGGGCAGAGGUGGGUUUUAAAACCACCUAGACUCCAACAAGUGGUGACACAGACGUUUGUGAGUGGGAUUUCAGAGGAAGUCACAUCAGCAGCCAGCGGACGAAGCAGUCCAGGGAUGACACCUCGAAAAACUUUCUGACAUCUAAAAACAGAGCUCUGUAAAUACCAGGUAAGCAGAUACCGGUUACACUCAAAAUCUGUGAUUUGGCUAUAUUCAAAAUGUUAGAGUUGUCAGGAAUAUUUCCCAGUGUCAUAGUCAUUGCCAGUAAAACAUACAAUACAUAUUUUAGUAUAGGUAUGAAAGUUAUAUAAAUAUAAAAGUGAAGCAGCGAAGUAUUUCAGCGUAGGGUAUUGAGUCUCGGACGGCUGGAAGGGCACAAAGUCCCUAGCUUAAGUGUAGGUAUUGAGUCCACACAGGCUAUACUCGCUGGUGGAAGUCAAGUGGUAGUAUUGAGUCUCCAUCCAUGACAAAUCUGAAUAACAAAUCCAAGGCUCAUAGGAGCUGGAGGUGAGUUAUAUGUAAAAAAAAAUCCAAGGGGAGAUACGCAUAUUUCAAAAAGCCAUUUUGAAACGAUCGGAAUCUCGUGAUCUCUUGUCCUGUUGGGUUGGAUCUAUAAGGCUAAACGUGACAAUAAAGAGAUUCUGUUGACUUGGGUUUCGACUCCAUGUGGAUGCCACAUCGCUGAAAAGCGGUGUAGAAGCGCGUCCAAAGGUCUCGUUAUCUGUUGAAAUAAACAUCGCACUAUAAAAGCUGGAUAGACUGUACGGGGAAUAAUUUUCUGUGAAUAAUUACUAAUAGAUAACAGAGAAAGUCAGAUAAAGACACAAAGUUUAAGCUUGUUGCUCUCUGAAGCAUUCUUCCCCUCAGUGAGGUGGAGCUCAUUCCUGGUGAAGUGCCGCCAUCUGCUGGACGUAUUUUGUAGUAUUUCUUGCAUUAUUACAUUACAUUUGACUGGCGCCUUUAUCCAAAACGACUCACAAUAAGUGCGUUUGACUAGGAACAUACAAUCAAAAACAAAACAAGAUCAUUAAAGUAUAUCUGGGUUUAUAGCCAAAACAUUUCAAGUGCUACUCAACUGCCUUUAGAUAAGCCAGUCCGUUGUUAGUAUCAUAAGUGCUUUUGUUAGUACUUCUUUGUUAAUAGUUCUAUCAUUCGAAGUGGAGUUGAAAUACUUAAGUUUUUACACUCAAAAUAUUUACACAUUUGGAUUAAGGGCAGGGCAGUUAAAUAAAUACAUUAACUAUGUUAAGAGCAACGACAAGCAUUGUCCAGUAUAUUGAUAAAUACAACUGAACACAUAUCAGCCUAGUCAGACAAAUAAUAUACAACCAUCAUGGAAGGACAGUUUAAAAAAGAUGAUUUACACAUCCCAAUUCCCGUAAGUUUCCAAGAGCAAUGGGGACAGGCUGAGAGAUUGAUUCUCAGUGGACUCAAACAGGGAGACAAGAAGAAGGCUUGUGCCGACCUCCGAUUCCUCCAUAAAAAAAUGAUAGAAGAAAACAGAGUGGGAGGAGAUGACACUCUAGGAAAUUUAGGCUCAGCUCUAAAUGUUUAUGAACGACAGCUUGUAAAAAAACUUGGUGACCUAAACAAAGAAAAACCCGGAUUGUUGGGCCGGACGAAACUAAACAAAGAGAAGGAGGAGGUAGAUAAAAUACGGAGUCUUUGUCAUAAUGCAGCACUCGCCAUGAACGGUGUAGCUGUUACUCCCUUCACAACCAAAACUCCCCCAGUCCUGGUCGCGGUCCAAACCCCGACCCAGGGAGAGGAGUUUCUACACUCUAGUUACCUUAGAACUCUCCUGUUCCCUCGUGACAGUAUAGGGACGCACGUGUCAGCCCAAGCACCUACAGAUGAAGAAAUACAUCACUAUAUUGCAGAACGUGUCAGGGGUUAUAGGAAUAUAAAUAAAGAGGAGACCUCUGCCUCAAACAGGGAAGACAUGGGGAGUCAAACUCUCAGCAGUGCUGUAAAUGACGUGUGCACUGCACAAAAGGCUGGCUCAGAAGAGAGGUCUCAGACAGGACCUAUAGAGGAUCCGUAUGUCCCCUUCACUUCCCCCCGCAUUUACCCAGACUUAUUUAAUCCAUUUAAACAACCUGUCCCGGACGCACCCCCCAUGUCUAAUCUACAGAUGCCACUAACAAAAGGGUGCUAUGGAUCAGACCAAGAAAAAGCAAGUGAAAAGGGGGGUAACUUUGCAAUCAUGGGAAAUGUUUCACUGACUCCUUUAAGGAGUACCUCUAUUAAAAGAGGCAAGAGCAGCCCCACAGAGGCAGAAUUACUCGCCAUUGUAGAACGCCAAGAGGAGAGGGAGAGAGAGGAUAGAGUACGAUUUGACUAUGACAGAAGGCAGUAUGAGAAGAGAAGAAAGGAAGAGGAGAGAAGAAGUGAAAAGAGAAAUGGAGACGAGGGGAGUGGGGGUAGUCAGGAGAGAGAGAGGGGCUAUCACCAUGGAGCGGAAUAAUUACUUGAAGAGGGAGAAAGGUAAGGUGACGAACCUUUUAGAAGUAGAGAAGCCUAGACCCGCUAUAACCCAAAAAGUAGGGGAGGAGCAUCUGGGCAUGAUAGUGAUAAGUAUUACUCUGAAGCAGAACACACGGGGUAUAGAGGUAGCUAUCAGGACACUGCUCAGCAGAGCCGAGCAGAACAGGAACAGGACAACGGCAGAAAAGAUAAGAAAAAGGUUAAGAGCAUAUCUCUGGCAGGAACAAUCACUGAAUUGACUGAUGUACAGGUUCUUGCACUCCCCCGUGGGAUGUUAAGAUCCCAUCACACCUCGGAAGACCCCACAUUUCAUGCCUUUAUGGCCACAGCAUUACAGGUUCCUUUAGUGACUCCCCAGUGGGAAUAUCACUUACCACCCUUUCACACUAGGAGACAUACAUGCACUAGUUGACAAAAUGCCGCUACCUACUGAGGGAGGGAGAAAGUUUGCGGAUAUGUCAGUAGGACAAACAAUCUGCCUUGGAGAUUUCAGGAGGAUAUUAGCACAACAGACUUCCAGCUAUGAGGUAGAGAGAGUUGAGGGAAGAUCAGGUACAGGAAGAAUGAGCGAUGACAAGCCUAUCUCUUCUAACGACAUACACAGCUUGCUUAGCAAGGCAAUGAGAGAAAAUUUCCCACAGACAGGAGGAGGCUACGGUUCACUGUCUUUCACAUUCAUACCUGGAGAGGCCGCAGCAACCAUGUUGCUCAGGUCACGCCAACAAUACACAGUGGCCACUGACUGUAGUCCAGAAAAUAAUGACCAACAUGUGCAGAUGUUCCGUAAAGCGAUACUGGCAGCUGUACCUGCCGAGAUUAAAGCUCUCAUGGAGGACAACCCAGAGGCAGAUCACCUAAACACGCAGACAUGGGAGUGUCAUUUGGCCCAUCAUUUAGGCAAAUUUAACAAACAACUCACAAAGAAUAAAACCGAGGAAGAAGAGUUGAGAGUGCAACUACUCCGUACUCAGCUGGAAAUAGCCCGUAAAACAGUUCAAAAUGAGAAAAAGAGUGCCAAACAGCUGAUUGUUCAUCCUGUGGCGCCAGCAGAGCAGGCACCGGGGACCCACAAGGGGGUUUUCCCAACCAAGGUCCGUCCUAUAACCAGCCCCAAUAUGGCUACAAUAAUGGUUUUCAGCAACAGAGGGGCGGGUUCAGAGGCAGAACUAGAGGUAGAGGAGGGGUUGGAACAGCUCCAGGAGUGAACCAAUAUCAGCAGAAGGGGUGCUUCAUCUGUGGACAAACCGACCACUGGUAUAAACAAUGCCCACAGGGACCCCCACCACAGAGAGGGCGGGGACAAGGGGGACAGAGAGGGCAUGGACAAUGGUACACAACAUACAUGCAGUAUUUCCAGAAAUCCCAUGAGGCAGCCCCACAGGCCCAACAUCGAGACCAGGGUCAUGUGGCACCCAAUGCGAUGGCCGCCCCCUAUGGCCAAUUUGUCCUGUUCGAACAAGACUAAUACCCACCACAAUGAGGUCGCCCAGGGAACCCUGAAUGUACGGGCCUGGCGGAUCCUUACAUGGACAUGACUGUAAAAAACUCGAAGCUACCAUUCCUUGUUGAUUUAGGAGCUAGAUAUUCAACUAUCAACUCCCCCGUGUUUAACACGUCCAUUUCAAGUAAUACAGUCUCAGUCAUAGGGUUUUCGGAAGAAAUAGAGCAAGUACCGCUCACUACGCCAUUAACCACCAGAAUAGCAGGCCAGAUAUUUUUCCAUCAGUACAUUCUGGCACCCCGAAGUCCGGCUAACCUCAUGGGAAGGGAUGUUCUUAUCAAAGCUAAUGCCUCCAUCCUCUGUUCCCCCGAUGGCACUCGCCUCAAUUGUUCAAUAUCCACCAUAAAGUCAGGUUCUCAGAUGUUGUUGGGCCAAUCCACUGAAGCAGACGCAACUCAGUAUGCCACUAUAUACUGGGGGUUGGCCCAAGACAAGACACCAGGACUAUUUUACAUUUUUCAACAAUGGAAGCCGUGGAUUAACCUCCUCAGGCCUUAUGGUUCCCCUCCAGACCCUCCCCAUCUGACGCUAAAUUAUGAUAGAAAAGACGACCAAAGUUAUGCAUAUGACAAAGAGGUGGCUAUGUCCAUUUGGGACGUAACCACAACCAAUUUAUUUGUGGGACAAGCGGGGCUGGUUGAACUCACUGAUGAACAACACUAUUGGUACCGUAUGUCAGCUGAAUCCACACCACACAUUUCAUUAGCUAUCAGGAAGGGCUAUGAAGCUAAGGAACUUGGUCCUAUGGUCAAGACACUGCUAAAAGUCGAGGAUUGGGAACCAACACAAAUAGCAGCACUCACAUUCUCUCCUUCACACAAAGCUCAUGCUCUAAAAAUCUGCACUCAGGAAUGCAUCUUCAUGGAGAGACACGAAGUGGAUAGACAGCAUGGUAGAGAGAGGACUGACCACUCAUUCACUGAUGACAUGUUGCGUGACCUUCCACCUGACCUGUGGUCAUCUGACUCUCAUGACGUAGGUUUCUGCUCAAAGGCUGCACCAAUAACAUUUGAGGUGAGCAGCUCUAUGCCUAUAAAUCUAUCACAGUACCCUGUUAAACCACAGGCCAAAGGGGGUAUCAGCAAGUUAGUUGAGGGACUAAAAAGGGCAGGGGUGUUGGAACCCUCAAAAAGCGAGUGGAACACUCCAAUACUCCCGGUAUCAAAACCAAGCGGGGAGUAUAGGAUGGCUCAUGAUUUGAGGACCAUUAAUGCUAUCACCACUACAGCUCUGGUACCAGUGCCUAACCCAUACACGGCUAUCUGUAAUAUCUCACCUGAACAUACAUGGUUCACCUGUAUUGACCUGGCCAACGCUUUCUUCUGCAUACCUCUAGCAAAGAGUAUGAGACCUAUUUUUUCAUUUACAAUGGGAGGGGAAAAACUACAGUACACAAGACUACCACAAGGCUUCAGUUUGUCUCCAGGAAUAUUUAACAAAAUACUCAGGAAACAGCUAGAUGGUGUUUCAUUGCCAGAGGGGGUGGUAUUGAUCCAGUAUGUAGAUGACCUUCUCAUUGCUGCACCCUCCGCAGCCUCUUGCCUGGAGGCCACCACGAACCUACUGGUUCGCCUCCACGCAACAGGGUUCAAGGUCUCCAAGAAAAAGCUACAAUGCACCCGUAAAGAGGUGACAUUUUUGGGCAGAGUAAUCUCUCCAGCAGGUACAGGCAUGUCAGCAGCACAUCAAGAAAACAUAUUACACCACCCCAAACCCAAGACAGUCAAAAACAUGCUAUCUUUUCUGGGUCUCACAGGCUACAGCAGACACUACAUCCCAGAGUAUAACCCAAGAACAUCUGAACUCAGAACACUGAUCAAUUAGAAGGGCAUGCGCAAUCUCACUGCCACCCUGGACUGGACACAAACUGCAGAAGCUGCCUUCAUUUCUCUGAAACAAUCCAUGUCCCAGGUCACCUCUCUCGCCUCUGCAUCCUAUGCAUUGCCAUUUUUCCUUGAUGUUUCUGAAAAUGAAAACACAGUAAAUGGUAUUCUAUUUCAGAAAAAGGGGGGAUGUAGGUCAAUACUGAUGUACAUUAGUAUCACCCUGGACAGAGUGGAGAACAGAGAACCUCCAUGCACAAGACAUGCAGCCGGUACAGCACGUAUCUUGAACAAAAUGUCACAUAUUGUGAUGAGACACCCUUUGACAGUACUGACAACACAUAGCAUUGUCUCUUUUGUGAACUCAAGUGCAUUCACAAUGACUUCCACCAGACAGACCAGGUUAGAGAAAACUCUGACACAAGCACACAUCACCUACACACAUGAAGGGGUUAACAGCGCAGACACCAUGGUUAGCGGAGAACCCCAUAGGUGUGAGGAAAGAAUCAUCCAGGAUGUGAAGAUAAGAAUAGAUCUCAGAGACGAGCCUAUGCCAAAUGCAGAAAACCUGUUCACAGACGGCUGUUGUUUCAGACACCCCACCAACGGGCUCCAAGCGGCCUACGCAGUGGUGGGUCAAACAGCUGAGGGACAGUUUGAGGAAAGAGCAGCAGGGAAAGUCUCAGCACAGUUGGCAGAAGUAAUGGGAGUCAUUGCAGCAUUAGAGCUAUCAAAAGAAAAAUAUGUAAACAUCUAUACUGACUCAGCAUAUGUUCAUGGUGUCAUACAUGUGGAAAUGCGCCAGUGGAUGAGAGCAGGAUUUGUAACAUCCACCAAUACCCCCAUCAAACACGAGAAAGAGAUCAAAAGGCUUGCAGAAGCAGUAAUGUUGCCAAACAAGCUAGCUUUACUUAAGUGUAAAGGUCACAGCAUGGCAGACAACUAUUUGUCUUGGGGUAACAAUGCAGCAGACAAAGCAGCUAAGGCCAAAGCAGGGUAUAUACCCCAGUUUUCCUGCAGUAACAGAUGAUACUCUCAAAGAAGCUCAAGCAGCAGGGUCUCCUCAAGAUAAAACAGUAUGGUUAGACAGAGGAGCUACCAACAAAGACGGGAUAUGGUACUCCCCAGAUGGGAGACCAGUGAUACCCCCAGGAUGGAUAAGAUCAAUGCUUAAAGAAGCACACGGCCCAACACAUUGCGGUAAAACUCAGAUGAACAGACACCUCACUCAUUGGUGGCACCCCUACCUACCUGACAUGAUAGCUAAUUACCUAGAAGAAUGUGUAAUUUGCCUAACCCAUAACAUCAGAGCCACUGUAAAACCACACCAGGGAAAGUUUCCUUUACCUAAGAUGGCAGGAGAAGAAAUCAUCAUUGACUACACUGACAUGAUUGACAAAGUAAGAGGGUUCAGGUACUUACUAGUUGUAGUAGAUGCAUACACAGGUUGGCCAGAAGCUAUGCCAUGUAAGAGAGAAGAUGCAGACUCAGUGAUCAAGUUGUUAGUCACGCAUUACAUUCCACUACAUGGGUUUCCUAGGAAAGUGAGGUCAGACAAUGGCAGCCAUUUCAAGAACCAUGACCUACGCACAGUAGAACAGUCAUUAGGACUAAGACACAGUUUCGGAGCUGUCUAUCACCCCCAAUCUCAGGGUAAGGUAGAACAAACAGAAACUCAGCAAAGCAUGUGAGGAGACAGGCAUGAACUGGUUAGACGCUUUGCCUCUGGCCCUUAUGUCAAUCAGGAGUUCUAUUAACCGAGGGACAGGUUUCUCCCCAUUUGAGCUGACACAUUGCCAUCAGUUUCCGGGCCCAGGAGCCCUGAGCGUAGGAAAGGAAGUAGAGGUCAUGAGUUCGAAACCCUAUUUCCAGCAACUUAAGGGGCUGGUAUCAGGCUUUUCCACACAGGUCGCUGAUGCGAAAGGGGGAUCCGAGAGACACGAGGCCAACACAGCGGAGUUCGUCAGGCCCAAGUGGCUCAACCCCAGGUUCUCCGGCCCCUACAGAGUGACUCAGAGGACAUCCCAUGCUGUCCGCCUAGAAGGAAAGGGGGACAACUGGUACCACUGGAGCCAGUGUGCGGCGGGGAAACCACCUGGAAGGACCCUAGACGACAUCAGGACGGAUCUGGCUCUCGUCAAGGAGGUCGACUCGGAAGCUGCCAUCAGCGGACUGGAGGAGAAGGACCUCGAGGACAUCCCUCCAGCAGACGACUCGGAAGCUGCCGUUAGCGGGCUGGAGGACAAAGACACCGGGCUUCAAGGGGAAGCAGAGGAACCUACUUCCCUCUGAUCAGGUUGCUAUAAGCUACACAGAGCACCACAUUUUUUAACCCAUUUUUUGAGGGACUUUUUAUUAACCCAUUUUUUGAGGGACUUUUUAUUAACCCAUAUUUAAGGGAUUUUUUACGUUUUAAUAACCUCAUGUAAGGCUGACACAGAGACCAGAACAUUUCAGAGAAGAAUAGAAAAUGUCUGAAGGAGCCCUGAAUUUCCUGAUAACCUGUUGGUCGCUACUACUAUUGGGAAUAAUAGUCUAUUUGUUCGCCCUACUGUAUGUACAUUGUAACCCUUAAAAAAGUCAAGGUUGAAUGAGCCCUUGGUCCAAAGCACUCUUGAUAACUUGGGUUUUAAUACCAUACGUUAGCAUCGACGUUUUUUACUGACACUAGAAUAAUUGGAGCUAACAGCAUAACCAUGUAUGAGAACUGGAAAUGUUUCACAGGCUUAGUCCUGUUUUCUACUGUGACUGUUGCCAUUAUUUUAAUCUUAUGUGAUUCCAUUGACCACCCAGACUCCACUCCCCCGCCAGAUGAAUCCGUAACUAGGGUCAAACGGGCCACAUAUGAGUAGGGUUGGGUAUUGUUGGAAUUUCCACGAUUCCGAUUCCAAUUCUACUUUUCGAUUCCGGUUCUUAACGGUUCUCAAUUCCGAUUCUUUGAGGGGCAGGGUAAAAAAAUGAUACAUGCUUCUUCCACCAAAA